AUGAAUGUGCUCCCGCUCUUCAUUGGUGGAAGCCUUGCCGUCACCAAUCUCGAUCUCGAUCAACAAAGAGAUGCGCUUGAAAGACAAUCAAUGUCGUCCCUCGUGUGGCCUCUUGCCCUCAGCUGGAACUUGUACGAGGCGGCACUGGCAUACAAGCUUCAAGCAGAUGACUUGGUCCGCAAGGGUGAUCCCGAAACACUCCUCUGCGCGUACUCGAUGUAUUCACAUCUGGUCCACCUUCUCGACCAUGCUGGAGCGAGUGGUAUCUUCAUGCCUUCGAGCAGCGACGCCCUCAGCCAGUGUUUCGACGCAGAUAUACACGGUUCCCGCCUAGUGUCUGCGUUCAGGGUCUUGUACAUCAGUGAAGCCGUGAGCGAGCUGGAUGCUCUGAUGGAGGGAAUGCACAGAUUGCCUCCCGCGAUGAUUUUCCGGGUGUUGCACUUUAGUGGUGCGCUGACAUUGCUCCGAGACUGCAUCAUGACCGGAAUGCAGGUCGAACGCACGUCAAUGGACGUGUUUCUGGGAGUACUCGAGGGCCUACCUCACUUGGACUCAAGUAUGGAACACGAUCGCGCGCUGGUAGUAGGGGCCAUUGCUCAAAACGAGCAAGCUGGAAAGAUCAGCAUCGACCCUUCCAGCCUCAGCAUUUUCGCUUUGCCCAUGGAGCCCUUCGACCAUCAUCGCGAGCUAGAUCUACCGACCCGUCCAUCCGACUUUGUAGGCUGUCAAUACCUCGCGCAUUUGCGUAGUCUGAUCCCUGGGGAACGUGAGCGCAUUGUGAAAUCGCAGCAGAAGCAUGGUCUAUUGGUAACGAACUUGGAGUAG